CUGAAGGGGCGCUCUUGGGGGUCGGCCUUCCUCUCCCGUUUCCGCCUGGCGUAGGAGCUGAGGCAUGGCCUUGUUCUCCAGCUGAGAGGACGAUCGUCCUUAUAGGAGAGGCCGAGUCUCCGAGGGCAAUUUCAGAGGGAAGCAGAGACUUUCAAGGAACAAGGAAAUGCAUACUAUGCCAAGAAAGAUUACAAUGAAGCUUAUAAUUAUUAUACAAAAGCCAUAGAUAUGUGUCCUAAAAAUGCUAGCUAUUAUGGUAAUCGAGCAGCCACCUUGAUGAUGCUUGGAAGGUUCCGGGAAGCUCUUGGAGAUGCACAACAGUCAGUGAGGUUGGAUGACAGUUUUGUCCGGGGACAUCUACGAGAGGGCAAGUGCCACCUCUCUCUAGGGAAUGCCAUGGCAGCAUGUCGCAGCUUCCAGAGAGCCCUAGAACUGGAUCAUAAAAAUGCUCAGGCACAACAAGAGUUCAAGAAUGCUAAUGCAGUCAUGGAAUAUGAGAAAAUAGCAGAAACAGAUUUUGAGAAGCGAGAUUUUCGGAAGGUUGUUUUCUGCAUGGACCGUGCCCUAGAAUUUGCCCCUGCCUGCCAUCGCUUCAAAAUCCUCAAGGCAGAAUGUUUAGCAAUGCUGGGUCGUUAUCCAGAAGCACAGUCUGUGGCUAGUGACAUUCUACGAAUGGAUUCCACCAAUGCAGAUGCUCUGUAUGUACGAGGUCUUUGCCUUUAUUACGAAGAUUGUAUUGAGAAGGCAGUUCAGUUUUUCGUACAGGCUCUCAGGAUGGCUCCUGACCACGAGAAGGCCUGCAUUGCCUGCAGAAAUGCCAAAGCACUCAAAGCAAAGAAGGAAGAUGGGAAUAAAGCAUUUAAGGAAGGAAAUUACAAACUAGCAUAUGAACUGUACACAGAAGCCCUGGGGAUAGACCCCAACAAUAUAAAAACAAAUGCUAAACUCUACUGUAAUCGGGGUACGGUUAAUUCCAAGCUUAGGAAACUAGAUGAUGCAAUAGAAGACUGCACAAAUGCAGUGAAGCUUGAUGACACUUACAUAAAAGCCUACUUGAGAAGAGCUCAGUGUUACAUGGACACAGAACAGUAUGAAGAAGCAGUACGAGACUAUGAAAAAGUAUAUCAGACAGAGAAAACAAAAGAACACAAACAGCUCCUAAAAAAUGCGCAGCUGGAACUGAAGAAGAGUAAGAGGAAAGAUUACUACAAGAUUCUAGGAGUGGACAAGAAUGCCUCUGAGGACGAGAUCAAGAAAGCUUAUCGGAAACGGGCCUUGAUGCACCAUCCAGAUCGGCAUAGUGGAGCCAGUGCUGAGGUUCAGAAGGAGGAAGAGAAGAAGUUCAAGGAAGUUGGAGAGGCCUUUACUAUCCUCUCUGAUCCCAAGAAAAAGACUCGCUAUGACAGUGGACAGGACCUAGAUGAGGAGGGCAUGAAUAUGGGUGAUUUUGAUCCAAACAAUAUCUUCAAGGCAUUCUUUGGCGGUCCUGGCGGCUUCAGCUUUGAAGCAUCUGGUCCAGGGAAUUUCUUUUUUCAAUUUGGCUAAUGAAGGGCAACCACCCAGAACCCAGAAAAUGCAGAUUCACUCAGUUUAAUCUUGAAUGUGGAAACAGUUCACCUCCUCCCUUCAUCACGUCUCCGUGUAUUUAGAGCAGUUUCGUUUUCUCAGUUGGAUGCCCUGUGUCUCUGUGAGUGGGGUGGAGCAAAGGGAACCAAUGCCGAAGACCGCGGGCAGGGGAGGGAGGCGGGGGUGGACAGGGAGGCAGCUUGUGAAUUUUUGUUUUACUGUUUAACUUUAUUAAAAAAGAAAAAAAAAAGAAGAGAAUAAAAUGUUUUGACCCUUUCUG